GUUUCACACACUGACUGACUCGGUAACCGGCACACGGUACACUUUGUGCAGCCGGCCAGGUUGGCGCCAGUGGAUUUAACCGCUAUCUCCUUACCUCUCCUCCCCUCCCGCGACCAACCCCAGUACCACCGGAUCAAUUCGGCCGCCUGCUCCUCCGCCCUCCCGUUGAUCGAUGACCAUGGAGCCGGAGCGCGACGUCGAGGAGCAGCGCCGCCCCCUCCUCCCCGUCCCUGCAGCGGCGGAACAGCAGUACCAGUACCUGGGGCGCAGCAGCUCCUCGGUGCUGCGCGGCGGUAGAGGUUGGGGCGGCGGAUACGGCGUGGGUGGGCCCGAGGUGAGCGCCGACGAGGUUAGGUCCGCCGCCUCCUUCUCCUCCUCCAGCUUCUACCCGCCCCAGGCCACGGCUCCCCGCGGCGACCACGUCUACCCCUACCCGCCGUCCAUCCACAGCGCCAUGCUCUCCUCCUCACCGUCGCCUGCCCCCUUGUCCCCGCAUCCGCACGAAGGGUUGGCGAUUGUUCCUCAAGGGCCGUACCCGUAUGGUGGUAGUUACCAGCCUUCUGAGAGCGUCGGGAGGGAUGCACUGGAUGAGGUGGAGAUUCGUCAGCUGCUUAUUGAUCAUGUUGGGCAUCGAUGCUGUUGGGGAAGUCGACCUGCUCGCACAUGGAAAAUUACCUCUAUUGAAGACUGCAAUGUCUACGUUGGGACUCUGGAAACCUUCAUAGAGGAAAGGGACAUCAUAACGAAAAAGGAACCCUAUGAAAGUGGGAAAAUUGAUGGAAGAGACAAUGGCCCUGUGCUUGGAGUGUGGGAAUUAGAUUUGAGGUCUGAGUUCCCUCAACUUUUUGUGCCAGAGAAAGAAGUAAUGGUCAAGAUUCCCCAUUCAGAAGUUGAAAAAUGCUUAGAUUGUGAGGGUCGUGGAGAGACACCAUGCCCUACUUGCAAUGCUGGUCAGGAACAUGGGUUUUACAAAGCAAAUCAGAUGACCCGAUGUAGUGCGUGUCAUGGGAGAGGUUUACUCGCUCACCAAGAUGGAUCUGAUACAGUAUGUGGUAUGUGCAGUGGUAAGGGAAUGUUGCCUUGUAUAGCAUGUGGAUCGCGUGGCUUGGUUGCAUGCAAAACAUGUACUGGAUAUGGUUCCCUUCUUGCACAAAGCAUUGCUCAUGUUCGAUGGAAGACGCUAUCAGCAAGAAAAGUUAGCGCAACUAGAGGGGCUGCCUCUGUCCCUGAAGAAGUUUUUCACAGAGCUAAAGGGGUGCAACUAUGCAACAUACAGGCAUAUCAGUGCACUCCUGCUUUCUUUGCUGAUUCAUACCAGCUUAACCAGUUCUCCUCAGAAGUUGUCACUAGUCGGCUUCCAGUUCCACCGUCGGCAAGGGUCAUUUCCGAGAGACACAUCAUUUCAGUCAUACCUGUAACCCGUGUUACAAUGGCCCAUCGCAAGCAGUCAUUUAGCUUCUAUGUCAUUGGCUACGGCAGGGAUGUGUUCAUAAGGGACUAUCCUUCCAAGUUCUGCUGGGGCCUCUGCUGUUGUUUCGAGUGGUUGCGGAGCUAGUUGUGCUUCCUGGCAUGAAUGUCUCCUUUGAGUGUGCAGUAUUUCUCAGUACAGAAGAUGGGUUCAGAUAAGCAUUACCAUAUGUGAUAUUUUGCAUUACAUAAGUUGUUUCUACAUAUUAGACCUGUGGGGCAUAUAUACAUGUUCAACAUCAUUGUAUCUGUUCAGUAAAUAAUGGCCAUGUUUGGCCAUCACUAGAGUGAUAUAUAGUUAUUAUGAAAUUGUGUAUGAUCAGUUGAGAUA